AUGGAUGAAAUACUGUUAACAGGAAGGUCUGACGAAGAGGCUAUUGAUGACUCAAUGGCUUCUAGCAUUCAGAGUGCUGCUUAUGUUUCUAACAUGGCUUAUUGUUUGCAUGCCAUAGCAAAUGAGAUUCAGGAGCUGAACACUGAAAUUCGUCUCUUCGUAGAAUGCUUCAUGAGUCUCAGGAAGAUGUUGAAAAACUUAAAGAGGAAAAUAAGGCCUUGUUGA